AUGAUUCAAACUCCGACGGAGGCCUUUGGCCAACGGAUGUUUGAGAGGAGUGCGGCACAAAUCUUGGACAAUGUCGGGUUCCAUUCGGCCACUGAACCAGUCCUGGAGAUUCUGGGAUUGCUUACCAAACGAUACUUUGAAGAUCUCUGCAAGAGAAUUGCGAUUCACAAGGAAAACGGUGAGAUUUGAAUUUUUUUUGUUGUUAUUUAGGUACCUGGAAGAAGAUUUUGACAUUUCUAUCGUCUGUGAAGUUUUAUCUAAGAAGUUUGAACUAAAACAGAGAGGAAUUGUCGUUGCUUACCCUUACAAGUUGCUGUUUAUCUGUUGUCUUUCCUUUUUUGAAUAUCUUGACCUUAUUUUAGGUGUCUAUUUUCCGUGCACUAAAUAUCCAUAAUUUCAGCUGGUCAUGAAGAAGUCACCAUUUCCGACGUUACUCUUGGGUAUAAGGAUCAGUUCAUUGACCUGGAGGAGCUUCACACUUAUGUUCUUCAAGUUGGAACUUUCGACACCAAUGUUCAGGUAAUGUUACAUCAUUUGUUUUGAUGUUUAGUGCAAAGUGUGGACGUGGCUGACCGGUGAGAUCGCAACUUCAGGUCCCUGAAUACCCAGUGAAUUUGAAGUACGACGCUUCCACACAAGGUGCAUCAGAAGUCGCAAGGAUUCAACGGGCGAAAGAGCCGGUGGGUGUUAUGUCAAAAAGUCCAAAGAAAAUUGAAAUGUAAGUUUUAGAUAAAGAAAAUUGUGUCAUAGAUGGUGUAAUAAUUCGAAGUCUUUUUCUUUAAGUUGCAGUUUCAAAUUAUGUGGUUUUUGAUAUUGUACUAGGCGUUAGUCAUUUUUUUCUUAAUGUUUUUUAUUCUCCGCCAAAUCAAAAUGACAUUUUCAGAUUCUCAGCACCUCAGAAACCAAUCCUACCCAAUUUCGCCGAACUUUCUCUUGUUGACAUGGGCUUUGCCGAGGCUGGUCCUCAAGGGCCAGUGCUAGUCCCAGCCGAACCUUUGAAGUCGUCGAAAGGACGGAGAAGAUCCAGUGACACUCAUAAGGUAUGAUUAAUAAUAUUUGGAUAUUUCGGGGCCGAUUCUUUUAAACUUUUUUUGGAUUGUUACCAAUUUUUAAAAUUAUGUUAUUUUAGACACCCACGAAGCCAAAAGCCCCGGCAAGAACAACAAAAACUGCAGUAAAAAGAAGCCGAACUUCUCCAGUGUAUAAAACAUCGGGUCAGGCCUGUGCAAGACCAACCAAGAUGAUUUCCGAACCAGUAAUCAGCAAGACAAAGGAGAAAUCGUUAAAAGAGGUUACUACGAUGGACAGGUUUGCUGAAUUUACCAAAAGAAGAAAGGCUGAGGUAAGAAUAAGCACUAGUAAUAUAAUCAGACGGCUAUUUUACUUGUAAUUAAAGAAGUUGUCAAAAUAUUUAUGUUUUUUUAUAUUAUCCAUGAUGAUUAUUUUGACACUCAAAAAAAGAAAUAUUUAGAUGUUGGGAUCCCCAAAAACACGCUCAAAAGAUAGUCGAAACAAGAAGACAGAAGUCGUCAAAAAAGUGGAGGCCAAAUCAAGUUCUAAGCGCCGUUCCAGAUCACACAUUGACGAAGCUACUCCGGAAAAACGGAGGUCUCCGAGAAAGGAAGCAAUCGACACUUUUAUGCAAAUUUUUGGAAAUGCAAGACCGGAUAGACUUUCUGAAAAUGGCGUAGGCACUGUUCAAAGUCGGUCUACCGAAGUUGCGAUGGAAAGGAAGCCAGGAAGUGAGUUCUUUGUCAUGGAUAAUAUAAUUUUUGAUGACUUUGAUCAUUUUUUGCCAAAGAAUCAACUUUUAGGUCAUCCCGCGGCUUCGGAACACGAUAAAAUUGCACCGUUGAAGAUCAGGAUCCCAAUACAGGAAUACACAAAGUUCCUGGAGGAAUCGGAUGGUGAAGAUAGCCGGUAUUCGGAUGAAAGUUCAAAGAAAAAACAGAAGAAACAUAAGAAAAAGAUUCGAGAAAAUGAAAGUUGCAGUGACAAGGAGAAGCGUUCCAGAAGAAAAGAGGAAAAGGGUGAAAGGAAGGAAGCGAAAAGAAAACGAAAAAUGAAGAGGUCGGCAGAGAUGAAUAAUCUGGAUGGUACACAAAAUAGAGGGCACUAUAAUGGAAAGAAAAAUGAUAGCAGGAACGCUGAUACUGCAGAGAGUGGAGAUUUUGAUGAUAGGUGGGAUAUUUGUGGAGUUUUGGACAGUUCUGACCUUAUUUUAUGUCCUUAUUGACCUAAUUUUUAAUUUUUUAAUUUUUUUUGUUAUUUUUGAAUGAUUUUUGUUAUUUUUUUUGAUUAUUUUGCUUACAGCAUAUUCAAGAAGCCCGAACUACCCCCGUGGAGACAGCAGCCAGAAUUCGAUGACCCUUUCGAGUGCUUCAAAGUCAUUACCUCCGAACUUGAUGGCCUCAAACUCAAACUCUCGCUUUUGCCGAGAGAAUCCGACGAAUCCGAAGACUCCUCAUAA